UUUUGACACAUUUUAUGUUGACAGUGACAGACGAACCGAGUAUCGUCGCAAAAACACGAAAGAAAAAUCUAUAUUUCCGAUAAUUUUACCGAAUUAUUAUGAUAGCGUAGUUUGAAUUACCUGAAUAUAAGAUGGAUACGUCUACCGCUGCUAAGAAAAUUGGCAAUCUCGCCCCAAAUGUCGCUGUAAAUGCUGUUUUGUUACCAAGUCAAGAACUACCUGCAGAAACACCUAUAGUGUCAGGUUACGACUGGGAAAAUGGGACUGACUUCAAUAAAAUACUCGAAAGUUACACCCGAUCAGGCUUCCAAGCCACCAGCUUCGGAAACGCCGUUCAAGAAAUCAACAAAAUGCUAAAAUGUCGCUCCGUACCAUUGACCGAAGAAAACAGUGACCAUUACGAAGAAGACGUAUUUAUUAAGAAGAAAAAUAACUGCACUAUAUUCUUGGGAUACACGUCUAACAUGAUUUCGUCAGGUUUACGCGAUACAAUACGAUUUUUGGUGAAAAAUAAGCUUGUGGACUGUGUAGUAACUACAGCGGGUGGUGUUGAAGAAGAUUUUAUCAAAUGUCUCGCGCCCACGUAUGUCGGCGACUUCAAUUUAAGCGGGAAAAUGCUCAGAACGCGAGGCAUAAACAGAAUCGGUAAUUUACUAGUCCCUAAUGACAAUUACUGCAAAUUUGAAGAAUGGGUAACCCCAGUUCUUGAUGAAAUGCUUGAGGAGCAGAUUCAAAAUGGUACAGUAUGGACUCCAUCAAGAAUAAUCGCUAAAUUAGGCGAGAAAAUCAACGAUGAGAGCUCUGUGUGCUACUGGGCUUGGAGAAACAACAUCCCGAUCUACAGUCCUGCUUUAACGGACGGCUCACUGGGCGACAUGAUGUACUUCCACUCAUACAAGCGGCCAGGACUUAUCAUAGACAUAUUAAGUGAUCUAAGGAGGCUGAAUACCAUGGCAGUCAAAGCCAAUAAUACAGGGAUGAUAAUAUUAGGCGGUGGGGUCAUAAAACACCACAUUUGUAAUGCGAAUUUAAUGAGGAAUGGUGCUGAUUUCGCGGUUUAUAUAAACACGGCUAGUGAGUUUGAUGGGAGCGAUGCUGGAGCGAGGCCAGAUGAAGCAGUCUCCUGGGGCAAGAUCAGACCAAACGCAACACCAGUCAAGCUGUAUGCGGAUGCUACGUUGGUGUUCCCACUCAUUGUAGGACAAACAUUUGCAAAGCAUCAUUUUAGUAAUAAAAAGAAUGUUUAAUUAU